UCGACAGAAAAGUACGCUUCUCUCUAGCUCUAAUAAUUAUAUACUAGCUAGCUGCUCUGCUAUCAUUUUUAUAGCUUGAUUUUAGCAUACAGUAUUGACUAGAGCAUACUAUAUAUCUAUACAAGCAACUCUUUCCUGACACGAUAUGAGCCCUUCAUUCAGUAUCUUGUAUUCUCUCAUUGCAGUGGUUAUUUUGUUUGCCAUCAUUAUCAUCAUUCUCACUGUGUUUACAAUUAUUUUGUGGCCUAGUAGAACCUCAGUAAAGGAGGCUUCAGUUCUUAAUGUCGAAUCUGUUCCUCAAAAUGAAAUUGAAAAUGUCUCUGAUGUCACUCCCGUAAGCAGUCAUGUCCCUAUUAUAAAUGACCAUACAUAUAAUGUGACGAUACAUAAUGACCGUAUGGCUCGUAUCACAGAAGCUCCGAUUGCUCCGGUUGCACAGAACAUAUCAAUUCACGAAGUGCAAGGCCAUGCGACUGACGUGAGUCAAACAUAUCAGAAUAUCACUUGUACUGCAGAUGCUUUAGAGAUUUCUGUAGCCCCAGAGAUUUCUGUAGUAUCAAACUUGUCGUAUGGGAAACUGACACAGGACACCCACACCACUGUCACUGCAGACUCUGAUGACUACUACGUGGUGGAGGAUCUACCACCUCGUAGUGCAUUAAGACCUAUUAAUGAAGGGGUCCGUGCACGCAGUACUAUCGAGGCCAAUACGCACACAGACUCCGAAAUAACACCACCCUGUGAAAAGGUCAAGAUCAGUGCACACAGUACUACCGAGGCCAAUACGCACACAGACUCUGAUGACUACUACGUGGUGGAGGAUCUACCACCUCGUAGUGCAUUAAGACCUGUUAAUGAAGGGGUCCGUGCACGCAGUACUACUGAGGCCGGUACGCACACAGACUCUGAUGACUACUAUGUGGUGGAGGAUCUACCACCUCGUAGUGCAUUAAGACCUGUUAAUGAAGGGGUCAGUGCACGCAGUACUACUGAGGUAAAUACGCACACAGACUCUGAUGACUACUAUGUGGUGGAGGAUCUACCACCUCGUAGUGCAUUAAGACCUGUUAAUGAAGGGGUCAGUGCACGCAGUACUACUGAGGUAAAUACGCACACAGACUCUGAUGACUACUACGUGGUGGAGGAUCUACCACCUCGUAGUGCUUUAAGACCUGUUAAUGAAGGGGUCAGUGCACGCAGUACUACCAAGGCUGUAUCCCAAUGCUAAAAGUGCUGUAUAGAGUGACACCACACUAAUAAAGAGAUUACAGUUAGCAUUAUUAUGGAAAGUUUGUUUUAUCAGUUAUUAUUGGCAUGCAUAAAGGUAAUUUUUCCUUUCAUUUUUAUAUAAUUGGACACAAAAUUAUUACAUGCUUUUUAUAAAUUAGUGCACAUUGAUAAUUAUAAACCAAACAAUUAUUA